UUUUUGCUGAAUGAACGAUCAUUUUUCAGUUCGAGCGCCAGUGGAGAGUACAAUGCAUUUCCGUUUACGUGUACUGCUUUCGGUACUUUUUCUGGCAGUUGCUACAAACUGUGUAGAUUUCUGUGUAAAAACACCGCUAUAUUACAUCCCGAGAGUAUCGACGGACUGGAUCGGAGCGGUGGAGUACUACAAUCGUUUGAACAUGCGGCUGGCGAUAGUCGACAGUCAGGAGAAGCACGAUAACAUCGUAGAGCUGAUAAAGGCAUCCGAUGUGUUUGUACCUAACGCAACCAGUGUUUGGAUUGGAGCCAACGAUAUAUCCACGGAAGGCACGUUCGUGUGGCUCGCCACGGGACAGCGGGCCAACUACACCAACUGGUCUGUGGGCAAUCCGAAUAACCACGCCGGUAGGGAACACUGCGCGGAGAUCGCUUACCAGAGCUACACUAGAUGGACAUGGACCUGGAACGAUCACAAGUGUGACACGAAGCUGAAUUUGAUUUGUGAGUUCUGAAAUUUGAGGAAGAUUAUACGUUGAUUCUGUAUUGAAUUCGUGAAUUCGAAAGUGAGCUAAAACUUCACUCUGAUUGAUGGUAAUAGCAAUUUUCGAGGUCUAAUGAUGAAUUAAUGAGUCUUGGUUUACAACUGUGUAAAAUCAGGUUUUUAUAACGUUCAAAAAAAAAAAAAAUUCUUGUCGAAAGUCUGUAAAGAGAUGCAACGUAGUGCCACAAAGCUUCUUGUAGUUUUUUCAUAUAAUUUCAGAUUAAUCCUAAUAUGUGAUGUACUAGGGUCCAAUGGGGAUCCUAAUUCAAAUUUUACGGCUGCAGUCGGUUUUCUACAGAAAAAUAAUAAUCUAAGUGUAAUGUUUUAAUAAAACUGAAAUUAUGUGACAUCUAACACA